UUUAAGACGCGCUCACCUGGCGGCUCACCUGGGUGAGGGCGCUUCCGCAGGAAGAAGGAAGCUGCGCGCUGCCUCUCCCUCUCGCUCCCGCCUCUCAGCUUCACCGGCUGCCACCAUGUCCGCCUCGGCAGUCUUCAUUCUGGACGUCAAGGGCAAGCCCCUGAUUAGCCGAAACUACAAAGGUGACGUGCCCAUGACGGAGAUUGACCAUUUCAUGCCACUGCUUAUGCAGCGUGAGGAGGAGGGUGUGCUGGCCCCGCUGCUGAGCCAUGGCCGAGUACACUUCUUGUGGAUCAAACACAGCAACCUCUACUUGGUGGCCACCACGCUGAAGAACGCCAAUGCCUCUCUGGUGUACUCCUUUCUGUACAAGACUGUGGAGGUCUUCUGUGAGUAUUUUAAGGAGCUGGAGGAGGAGAGCAUCCGUGAUAACUUUGUCAUUGUGUACGAGCUGCUGGACGAGCUCAUGGACUUCGGAUUUCCGCAAACCACAGACAGCAAGAUCCUGCAGGAGUACAUCACACAACAGGGCAACAAGCUGGAGACAGGCAAGUCUCGAGUACCAUCCACAGUCACCAAUGCCGUGUCGUGGCGUUCCGAGGGGAUCAAGUACAAGAAGAAUGAGGUCUUCAUUGACGUCAUAGAGUCUGUUAACCUUCUGGUCAAUGCUAAUGGCAGUGUCUUGCUCAGCGAGAUUGUGGGCACCAUCAAGCUGAAGGUGUUUUUGUCUGGGAUGCCAGAGCUGCGGCUGGGCCUCAAUGACCGAGUGCUCUUUGAGCUUACUGGCCUUUCAGGGAGCAAAAAUAAGUCUGUGGAGCUGGAAGAUGUGAAAUUCCACCAGUGUGUGAGGCUUUCACGCUUUGACAAUGACCGAACCAUCUCCUUCAUCCCCCCGGAUGGGGACUUUGAACUCAUGUCUUAUCGCCUAAGCACCCAGGUCAAACCCCUGAUCUGGAUCGAGUCAGUCAUUGAGAAAUUCUCCCACAGCCGAGUGGAGAUCAUGGUCAAGGCUAAGGGACAAUUUAAGAAGCAGUCAGUGGCCAAUGGCGUGGAAAUAUCUGUGCCCGUACCCAGCGAUGCAGAUUCCCCACGCUUCAAGACUAGUGUGGGCAGUGCCAAGUAUGUGCCCGAGAAGAAUGUGGUCAUUUGGAGUAUCAAGUCCUUCCCUGGUGGCAAAGAGUACUUGAUGCGUGCCCACUUUGGACUCCCCAGCGUGGAAACUGAGGAGGUGGAGGGCCGGCCACCUAUUGGGGUCAAGUUUGAGAUCCCAUACUUUACCGUUUCUGGCAUCCAGGUCCGUUACAUGAAGAUCAUCGAGAAAAGUGGGUACCAGGCCCUGCCCUGGGUUCGCUACAUCACCCAGAGUGGGGAUUAUCAGCUUCGUACCAGCUAAAAAGGAGAAGUGGGGAUUUGAACAUGAGGCUUCUCUCUCCCCAGAUCUGAACUGCAGACUAUAGAGAGAUGGUGUGUGUGUGUGUGUGUGUGUGUUCAUGCUGGGUUAGGCACUGACAACACAUUCUGGCAGCCAGCACCUGGUACCUCUCACUCAGCUGUCUAGACUGGAGCUCUCCCUGAUUUUACAUGUAGAGGGCCGAACAGCCCCUCCCCCUCCACGAGUGCCUUCUUGCAAUGACCUGCCUUGGGCAGCUCUGGGCUGCUGAUCCGAGGCCCUGCUGGCCCUCCAUCUGAGCUUUAGGUGUCAUUGAAAUAAAUCUAAAAGCUGUG